AGGUUGCUGUUUGCAUUGACCGGUCACCAUGGCCUUCCGUCAAGCCCUCCGCCCCCUGGUGCGGGCACAGACUUCGCGUCACAUGGCUCAGGCUGCCUAUGAUCAAUCCCUGGUCAACACGGCUGAGACGAAGAUCACCACUCUGGCCAAUGGCUUUCGUGUGGUGACUGAGCAGACGCCCCAUCAGACCGCCUGCGUUGCCGUCCAUGUUGAUGCUGGUUCGCGCUUCGAGAACAGCCACAACAAUGGCACUGCGCACUUUUUGGAGCACAUGGCCUUCAAGGGUACCAACAAGCGUUCUCAGGCUGAUAUCGAGAAGCAGGUGGAGACGAUGGGCAUGCGCCUCGACGCUUACACCUCUCGCGAGGCGACCGUCUACACUGCCCGCUGCUUCAGCGGCGAUACCGGCUCCGCCAUCGAGCUGCUCGGCGAUAUCCUGACCAACUCUACCUUUGACGAGCGUGCCGUGGAGGCUGAGCGUGGCGUCAUUCUGCGCGAGACCCAGGAGGUCAACUCCAUUCCUGAGGAGGUCGUCAUGGACUACCUGCAUAGCGUGUCCUUCCCCACCAGCCCUCUGGGUUACACCAUCUUGGGCCCGGAGGACAAUGUGAAGAAGAUCACUCGCGACGACCUCAAGUCGUACAUCGACACCUUCUACACGGCCCCCCGCAUGGUCCUUGUCGGUACUGGUGGCGUGGACCACGAUAUGCUGGUUGAGGCCGCUGAGAAGGCCUUUGGCCAUCUCUCGGCCGAGAACAAGGCCCCUGCCGUCCCUGUCCCUGAUUUCCAUGGUGCCGAAGUCAAGGCCCGUGAUGACAGCAAGCCUGCGGCCACGUUCGCUCUGGCCGUUGAGGGUUGCUCAUGGGCCAGCCCCGACUACUUCCCCCUCAUGGUCGGCUCCACCAUCAUCGGCUCGUGGGAUCGUAGCUUCGGCGGUAGCGGUCACCUGAGCUCCAAGCUUGCUCGCCUCAGCGUCGACGAGAAGCUGGCCAACAGCUUCAUGUCCUUCAACACCAGCUACACCGACACGGGUCUCUGGGGCAUCUACGCCUCCACUCCCCACAACCAGAUUGAUGACUUCAUCUACGCCACCACUCAGGAGUGGAUGCGUCUUUCCCACAACGCCUCGGACUCUGAGGUCGACCGUGCCAAGAUGCAGCUCAAGGCUGGCAUUCUCUUCGGCGUUGAUAGCCUCCAGGCCCUGAACGAUGAGAUUGGUCGUCAGAUCCUCACUUUGGGCCGCCGUAUGCCUGCCGUGGAGGUUGAUGCUCGUAUCAGCGCCGUCACGGCCUCGGACGUUUGCAGCGCCAUGUCCAACUAUGUUUACGAUCGCUGCCCCUCAGUCGCGGCUGUUGGCCCCAUUGAGCAGUUCCCUGACUACAACUUCCUCCGCGGCUCCAUGCUCUGGAUGCGCACUUAAGCUUGGUCUGCUCUUUCCUUUUUUUUUUUUUUUCUGUUUUCCUUAACGGGAAGCACCAUCUUCCUAGCCUAGGCCUGUGCCGGUCCUCCGUUCAGAACAUUUACGGUGACAAUGCCAGCGGCAGCGCCAAUCAGUGCUUGGGCUUGUGUGAGCUAUGGUGAAGCGUUCUCCCUAUCCUACCGUACUAUCCCCUUUACGUCUCUUUUGUCUGGCUGUAUGUCUGCCCACCGCUCGCCCCAUGGUUUUUUACCUUUGCCACCCACAACAUCUACUUUGAAGCAGCUGCUGAAGACUUGACCCCCCUUUGUGUCUUUGGUCGUCUUUCACGACCGCUUCCUUUCUUUUCUUUUUUACAUCUUUUCUGCUUAUCUCUCUGAGCCUGUGCGGCUUAUCUUGACCACACUUGCAUCUGGAAUGAAACUUCAACAAUCAAAAAAAAAGACC